AUGGUUACCACAACGCGUGCCAUGAAGAGGUCUGCCUCUACCCUCCAAGGGGCCCCGGGAUUGGAUGUUGCUCUUCCCGAGAUGAUUGUCUCUCGCCCGUCAUUUUCCCUUCCUUACACCCACUACGCCAUGAUCUAUAUCGAUCACGAGGGCAGGCUCAAGACCUACGAAUCUCAGUCUAUCCAAGAACAAGACACCGGUGUGUUCAACCCGAAAGUCUGCCAGAAUUUCCUCGAAAUUCUAGGCGAACGUAUCGGCUGCCACCAGCCCAUUGACCAGACACUACCUCGUCGAUUGAGACGACGCACGAGCAAUACAAAUACUAUAUCCGCCUCUGAAGAGCGUUUGGAUGAGCAGCGUUUCGACAGCAAUAACUUCAACGGUUCGGUGGUUGAAAUGGUCCCUUUAAGAGUUGGGGAUACAAAAAUGGUUAUGGUUUACUAUGAAGAUACCCUCAAACGCCUUCUACAGUUUAAUUGCUGUGUGAUUCUUAAGGCAUUUAUAAAGGUCAUCGAGCCACGCAAGAAAGCCAAACACCCUUAUAACGGGAAGCCACCGCGGGGUUCCGCUCCUGGCACUAGGUGCGACCCAGAAAAGACUAAGCCUGAAUGGUGGCCCUCGGGCGUUAUGCAUAAGGAGCCUGAUCACAUGGCAAAAGCAGACCGCAUCGAACUGCUUCUUCACAUUCUUCGCAAGCUCGGUGGCCGUGGUAUCAUUGCUGAUAUAUUGGAGGAGAUCGUUAGAGAUGCCAAACGGAACUUGAAGGGCCCACGCAAUGUCGAGAUCAUCUAUGAGCUCCUUCGGGUUCGAAAGAUGGAGGAACUGUUUGAGCGAGGUGAAGUUGAUGCUAACAAGGUCGUCUACAUCAUGAAUCCUAGCUCUAGCAUCAAGGAGGAUGACUCUGCUAACACAGCCUCAGUGGUUAUGGGAGUGCCUAGGCACAAAGAGCUGGGACUGACGCUAGGAUCUGUCGAGCAAGGAUCUACUACCCUGACCACAACGACCAAAGGUCUUGCUUCAGCAUCAGUCUACGCUCUCCCAGGUAGUUCAAUGCCUCUCAACUUCGAAGUUGCCGACCGACUGGAUAAUUCUGACUACAAAAUGCCGCCUGAAUACACCAAUUCAUUUUUGCAGCCUAUACUCAGCACUACUAUGAUAAGCGACACUCCAGUCUCCAGGCAGAACACUUUUCCAGGGUGUACCUCUGAUCAUCAGCACACUGAAGCACCAGGUCACUACGGCGGCUGGAUCGAUACAAACUCCUAUCAAAAUGUCGCCAGCCCAGAAGACUACGGCUCACUGGCAACCAGUCAAAGUACUACAAUGCACAGUCAAAGACUUAUGGGCUCCACAAGCUUUUGCGAUAUGGACUACUACAACACCAUAAGCCAAGGGUCCCAGCCAUUCUACCUAGGAUCAAUCGGCCACCCCAAUGGGCUGCCACUCUACUACUACGCCUAA